CUGUGCCACCAGCGCCCCAGAUUUUAACUUUCAUUAUACAGAUUAAAUCCGGGCUGCGGCUCAGGGUUGCCCUCAAAUGAAAAAUUCAGCGUUUUGGGCCAAGCGAAAAACUCCAAAGAGACAAAUCCUGAAGUGUAUGGACCGAUUGCCUUGCAGGGUGAUAAAUCAGAGUAUGAAUGUGUGUGAAAGAGGAAAUGCUGACAUGUGGUGUGGAGCCGAUUGAGUGACCAGAAGACAAGCAAAGCGCUAUAAAGAAGCUAGCUACAUUUAAUCGUUUACAUUUAUAAGUUCUCACCUUCAAAUACCUCCCACAUGAUCCUCCCAGCUGUUCCUCACCCCUCCCAGUGUCCCAGUCCCACAGCUGUCUGAGAGUCCCCGCGGCCUCCUCACCCAAUCAAUGUCAUGCACAACCAAGGACAUGAAAGUCAGAAUCAAAGUCACCGUAGUCAUGGAAACAAACCCAGGCCUGUUUCCACCCACUAAUCGAUGAGUAUGUGUGUGUGUGGUCGAGGAGGACCCCCUGUCCCACAUUCAGACAGCAGAAACCCCUCACUCGUCUUCCACGGCAGGACGGACAGAACGCAGGAAGAGGAAAAAAGAAGAUGGAACGAGUGGUUCAGAUCCGCGUCGGGAUGAUGUUUGUGGCUCUGUGUGCGAGUCUGCAAGCGGCGGCUGCAGGUGAGUUACCGUUCAGAGGAACUUCAGCUCACAGGUCGUUACACAGGACAGUUGAUAUUUUCAGACAAGUUCAUAUUUAUUUCAAAGUCCAAAAAUUGCACUAAUGUGUUUUUGUGUGUGUGUGUGUGUGUGUGUGUGUGUAGGCCUGAGGCGCUGUUGUAAAUGAAAGUUUAAUUUGGCUUUAAACUCAAAAUAGAAAUUGCAGAGGAAUUUCUCAUCAUGUAAAUUAAUUGUAGUUCAGCAUCAUCAGUCAGACGAGUACAGGAUGGUAUAAUCUUUGAUCCCAGGACCUUUUCUAACUUGUCAGAACUGAACUUGGGGAAAGAGGUGUUUCAGUUUUCUGCUCCUUUUAUUUGGGACGAGUUACAAAAAGAGACGAGCUGCUCUGAUUGGUUUAAAAAGGAUGUUAAAUGUCUUUUCACUGAAGUUAAUAAAAGCCUGGACUUGUCGUUGAAGUUUGAUGGUAUUCCUAAUUUAAAUUUUGCAAGAAUAGAAUAUUUCAUAUUUUUGAUUUUUUUUUUGUACAUUUCAGAAUCUACAAGGCUAAAUGAAUGUGACGGUAAAACAUGCAGGUUUAUGUUUGAGUGAAAAAAGACUGCUCCAUGGUAGGAAAAGUCCACUUUUUUAAGCUUUUGUGUCUUUUUUUGACACUCUAGAGCUAAAAAACUACAAAAAUGUACAAACAUGAAGGUUUGCAAAAUCCACAAAACUUUGUCCUCUAAAAUAUCACAACGUUUUUUUUCAACUUUAUUCUAUCGCUGACUGAUUUAUACGACCACAGACAAAAACAUUUGCCUUCACUCCGGCUUGUGAUUCAAAGGGAAGAGUUUGCGUCCUGUUCUGUUUUUUUUUUUUACGAGGGGGAAAAGGAAGUGUUAAAUAUUAAAAAUGACUCCGAAAGAGGAAGCGCAUUUUGCUUCUAUGAAUCAGGGCUCGGAUGUCGACAAUGUUAGUUAAAGUGUGGUCUGCAGAGGAACGGGAGGUGGAGGAGGGGCGGUGGUGUGCUACAACAGCCUCAGCUGAGACAAAGCUUUAAUUAAACGUGACCCACAAUCCCUCAUCAUCCAGACGGAGCGUGCAGCUGGACUAAUCAAUGGCAUGGAUCUGGAUGAUACUGUCCCACUAUGUGGCCUAAUAAAUUAAUCACGUGCAACCUCUGUACUCUGAAGUCAUGUGUUUGCCUUUAUAAUGAAUCUGAUCCUCUUCUUUCCUACUCAGGGAAAGCUGACGGGGCACAGGGUGGAGGAGGCGGCAGCGUGGACACCAUCAGCCACUCCCUGACCGUGGUGCAGCGUCUGGAGGCGCUGCUGGUUCAGGGGAACGGGAGUGAUGUGUCGCUCAGGGUGGAGACGCCCAACGCGGACGAGGUGAAGGUGAUCCAGGUGCACUCGCUGGUGCUCACCCUGCAGAGCCCCGUGUUCGAGGAGAUCCUGCUGAACCGCAACAGCAGCACGCUGGUCCUGAAGGAGAGCUCCGACUGCGCUGUUGUGUUCGACAAGUUCAUCAGGUAUCUGUACUGUGGAGAACUUUCUCUACGUCUGGACCAGGCCACAGCUUUACACAAGCUGUCCACUAAGUACCAGGUGACGGGUCUCCAGCAGGGCAUCACCCAGUACAUGACCCAGAACCUGGCCCGGGACUCGCCCUCAGGCCACGUGGCGGGCUGGUACGAGUACGCCCUGCAGGCCGGGGACCUGACCCUGAGGGACAGCUGCCUGCAGUACAUGGCGUGGAACCUGUCAUUGGUGCUGCAGAGUGGCGAGUGGUUGACCGUCAGCAGCCAGCUUCUCAUGUCCCUGCUGCAGCGCUCCGACCUCAUCCUGCAGAGCGAGAUGGAGCUGUUCGCGGCGCUCGAGGCGUGGAUUAUCAAGAACGAGCCCGACGGUCUGACCGCCGAGAACGCUUUGAGGGCUGUGCGCUAUGCCAUGAUGCCGCCAAGGGAGCUCUUCCGUCUGCAGACGCAGUCCUCAGUUCUUGCGCGCUAUCAGGAGUCGGUGCGCGACCUGCUGUACAUGUCCUACCAGUUUCACUCGGCGUCGCCGCUCAGCAUGGCCAAGUUCUUUGACGUGAACUGCAGCCUCUUCAUGCCCAGGAACUACCUGUCGCCGGUGUGGGGGUCGCCCUGGGUCAUCAACAACCCGACGCGAGACGACCGCAGCACCAGCUUCCAGACGCAGCUGGGACCGAGCGGGCACGACUCCAGCAAGAGGGUGACCUGGAAUGCCUUGUUCUCGCCGCGCUGGCUCCCCCUCACCAUGAGGUCCAUGUACACGGAGACCGGCGCCAUGCAGCCGACACGCGUGGAAGGAGGGCGCCCUCGCAUCAUCAUCACACCGGCCACGUCCAGCGCGGAUUUCGCCGGGGUGAACUUCCAGAAGACGGUGCUCGUGAUGGCUCAGCAGCAAGGGAAGACGGUGGUGAGGCACGUCUACAACUUCCACCAGAGCACGGAGGAGAACGGCGACUUCUUGGCCGAGGCCGACCUCUACCGCCGGACAUCCGAGUACCUCAUUGACAGCUCCCUCUACCUGCACAUCAUAGUGAAGCCGCUGUACCAAACCCUCAUCGCCACCAAGAACUGACCGCCCUCCGACCCCUCCCUCUCAGAGCCACCGGUACCUCACCACACACAACCCGACCCGCUGCAGCGACAUCUUGCUAAUAUCUCCGCACGAGGACGCCGAUCUGAUCCCCCCCAUCGAGUCGUAGUGUGAUGUUUGGAUCGUUUCUGUCUCAUCCGUACAUGUUGUAUUUAUUGGGCAACUUAAAUCAUGCUCCGAGUGUAAAUCUGUCUUUUAAAGAACUGAACUGGUGCUUUUAUAUUCUGUUCUUAUGUUUUAACCAGUGAAAGAACCUGAACCAACAACGCCUCAAAUAUCGAUUAAUCGGCAGCUGAUGCUUAAAAAUGCACGACUUCCUCCUCUUUGAGUAAAGUUUGCUAAAAACUAAAUGUCCCACAUAUUUAAUAGUAUUUUCUUAGUUUUGAAAAUUAUGCUUCAGCUGCUUUAAAGAUGUGUUUCCUCAGGAGGAACCAAUGAGGCUUGGAGCUUAAAGACACAGACAGGAUGUUGGUGUUGGUCUUUCUAUUAUAAGGAAAUAAAAAUGUAGACUCUAGCGGUUUUCUUCAUGCCACAUUGUCUUUGUUUGGUAUAAAAAUUGGUGCUAUUACAUUAUCCCCCUUACGUUUCAUUAUUUACCAGGAGUAUCAGGAGUUACAGAAGUCAUUCAUCACCGCCUGCCGUUUGAAUUAACGAUGUCACAGUGGAGAGACUGUGACACUGACACGAGAACUCAUUGACACGAGAUUUCACUGACCCGAGAUCUCACAGACACGAGAUCUCACAGACAAACGAGAUCUCACUGACACGAGAUCUCACUGACCCGAGAUCUCACAGACACGAGAUCUCACAGACACACGAGAUCUCACUGACACGAGAUCUCACAGACACGAGAUCUCACAGACACACGAGAUCUCACAGACACGAGAUCUUACUGACACGAGAUCUUACAGACACGAGAUCUUACAGACACGAGAUCUUACAGACACGAGAUCUCACUGACACGAGAUCUUACUGACCCGAGAUCUCACAGACACGAGAUCUUACAGACACGAGAUCUCACAGACACACGAGAUCUCACUGACACGAGAUCUCACAGACACGAGAUCUCACAGACACACGAGAUCUCACAGACACGAGAUCUUACUGACACGAGAUCUUACAGACACGAGAUCUUACAGACACGAGAUCUCACUGACACGAGAUCUUACUGACCCGAGAUCUCACAGACACGAGAUCUUACAGACACGAGAUCUCACAGACACGAGAUCUUACAGACACGAGAUCUU